AGUCACAGUGCCGUCCGGGACCCAGCAGGAGGAGCCCCAUGGAGCCUGGGGCCACAGGCCACAGGGGACAAGGGCCAGACACCCUGGUCAUGGCUCUAGGCCAUUGAUCCAGCCUGGGCUGGCCGGGUGGGGGUGGGGAGGCCUUGGCCUGGACAAACAGAGGCUCCUGAGGCCUGCGUGCAGGCCCGGCACCUAUCCGCCACUCCCAAAGGAUGUCCGAGGCCGAGGCCCCCCAGGUGGCUGGCGGGCAGGGGGAUGGAGGUGAUGGCGAGGAAGCAGAGCCGGAGGGGAUGUUCAAGGCCCGUGAGGACUCCAAGAGAAAAGCCCUCCACCUGGUGCCCCUGUUUGUGCUGCUGGCCCUGGUUGUGCUGGCUUUGGUGGGGGUGCUACUCUGGUAUUUCCUAGGGUACAAGGCGGAGGUGACAGUCAGCCAGGUGUACUCAGGCAGCCUGCGAGUGCUCAAUCGCCACUUCUCCCAGGAUCUUACCCGCCGGGAAUCUAGUGCCUUCCGCAGUGAAACUGCCAAAGCCCAGAAGAUGCUCAAGGAGCUCAUCGCCAGCACCCGCCUGGGAACUUACUACAACUCCAGCUCCGUCUAUUCCUUUGGAGAGGGACCCCUCACCUGCUUCUUCUGGUUCAUUCUCCAAAUCCCUGAGCACCGCCAGCUGAUGCUGAGCCCCGAGGUGGUGCAGGCACUGCUGGUGGAGGAGCUGCUGUCCACGGUCAACAGCUCGGCUGCCGUCCCCUACAGGGCCGAGUACGAAGUGGACCCCGAGGGCCUAGUGAUCCUGGAAGCCAGUGUGAAAGACAUAGCUGCACUGAAUUCCACGCUGGGUUGUUACCGCUACAGCUACGUGGGCCAGGGCCAGGUCCUACGGCUGAAGGGGCCUGACCACCUGGCCUCCAGCUGCCUGUGGCACCUGCAGGGCCCCGAGGACCUCAUGCUCAAACUCCGGCUGGAGUGGACGCUGGCAGAGUGCCGGGACCGACUGGCCAUGUAUGACGUGGCUGGGCCCCUGGAGAAGAGGCUCAUCACCUCGGUGUAUGGCUGCAGCCGCCAGGAGCCCGUGGUGGAGGUUCUGGCGUCGGGGGCCAUCAUGGCGGUGGUCUGGAAGAAGGGCCUGCACAGCUACUACGACCCCUUCGUGCUCUCCGUGCAGCCGGUGGUCUUCCAGGCCUGUGAGGUGAACCUGACGCUGGAUGACAGGCUGGACUCCCAGGGCAUCCUCAGCACCCCGUACUUCCCCAGCUACUACUCGCCCCGAACCCACUGCUCCUGGCACCUCACGGUGCCCUCUCUGGACUACGGCUUGGCCCUCUGGUUUGAUGCCUAUGCACUACGGAGGCAGAAGUAUGAUUUGCCGUGCACCCAGGGCCAGUGGACGAUCCAGAACAGGAGGCUGUGUGGCUUGCGCAUCCUGCAGGCCUACGCUGAGCGGAUCCCCGUGGUGGCCACGGCCGGCAUCACCAUCAACUUCACCUCCCAGAUCUCCCUCACCGGGCCCGGUGUGCGGGUGCACUAUGGCUUGUACAAUCAGUCGGACCCCUGCCCUGGAGAGUUCCUCUGCUCUGUGAAUGGACUCUGCGUCCCUGCCUGUGAUGGGGUCAAGGACUGCCCCAACGGCCUGGAUGAGAGAAACUGCGUUUGCAGAGCCACAUUCCAGUGCCAAGAGGACAGCACAUGCAUCUCACUGCCCAAGGUCUGUGACGGGCAGCCUGACUGUCUCAACGGCAGCGAUGAAGAGCAGUGCCAGGAAGGGGUGCCGUGUGGGACAUUCACCUUCCAGUGUGAGGACCGGAGCUGCGUGAAGAAGCCCAACCCGCAGUGUGAUGGGCAGCCCGACUGCAGGGACGGCUCGGAUGAGGAGCACUGUGACUGUGGCCUCCAGGGCCCCUCCAGCCGCAUUGUUGGUGGAGCUGUGUCCUCCGAGGGUGAGUGGCCAUGGCAGGCCAGCCUCCAGGUUCGGGGUCGACACAUCUGUGGGGGGGCCCUCAUCGCUGACCGCUGGGUGAUAACAGCUGCCCACUGCUUCCAGGAGGACAGCAUGACCUCCCCGGUGCUGUGGACCGUGUUCCUGGGCAAGGUGUGGCAGAACUCGCGCUGGCCUGGCGAGGUGUCCUUCAAGGUGAGCCGCCUACUUCUGCACCCGUACCACGAAGAGGACAGCCACGACUACGACGUGGCGCUGCUGCAGCUCGACCACCCGGUGGUGCGCUCGGCCGCCGUGCGCCCCGUCUGCCUGCCCGCGCGCUCCCACUUCUUCGAGCCUGGCCUGCACUGCUGGAUUACGGGCUGGGGUGCCCUGCGUGAGGGUGCCCUAGGGACGGAUGCUGUGGCCCUAUUUUAUGGAUGGAGAAACCAAGGCUCAGAGACAUGUUGCUGGCCCAUCAGCAACGCUCUGCAGAAAGUGGAUGUGCAGUUGAUCCCACAGGACCUAUGCAGCGAGGCCUAUCGCUACCAGGUGACGCCACGCAUGCUGUGUGCCGGCUACCGCAAGGGCAAGAAGGAUGCCUGCCAGGGUGACUCGGGUGGUCCGCUGGUGUGCAAGGCACUCAGUGGCCGCUGGUUCCUGGCGGGGCUGGUCAGCUGGGGCCUGGGCUGUGGCCGGCCUAACUACUUCGGCGUCUACACUCGCAUCACAGGUGUGAUCAGCUGGAUCCAGCAAGUGGUGACCUGAGGAACUGCCCCCCCUGCAAAGCAGGACCCACCUCCUGGACUCAGAGAGCCCAGGGCAACUGCCAAGCAGGGGGACAAGUAUUCCGGGGGUGGGGGGGGGGGAGCGGGCCCUGUGGUGGCAGGAGGUGGCAUCUUGUCCCUGAUGUCUGCUCCAGUGAUGGCAGGAGGACGGAGGAGUGCCAGCAGCUGGGGGUCAAGACGUCCCCUGAGGACUCAGGCCCACACCCAGCCCUUCUGCCUCCCGAUUCUUUCUCCUCUGUCCCCUUCCCCCACUGCUGCCUAAUGCAAGGAAGUGGCUCAGCAGCAAGAAUGCUGGUGCUACAUCCCCAGGAGUGUCUUGAGGCCUCCCCCACUCUGUACAGAGGCUGCUUGGGCAGCCUUGCCUCCAGAGAGCAGAUUCCAGCUUCAGAAGCCCCUGGUCUAACUUGGGAUCUGGGAAUGGAAGGUGCUCCCAUAGGAGGGGACCCUCAGAGCCCUGGAGACUGCCAGGUGGGCCCACUGCCACCGUAAGCCAAAAGGUGGGGAAGUCCUGACUCCAGGGUCCUUGCCCCACCCCUGCCUGCCACCUGGGCCCUCACAGCCCAGACCCUCACCGGGAGGUGAGCUCAGCUGCCUUUUGGAAUAAAGCUGCCUGAUCCAA